AUGGGUGCAAUGCAUGACACACUUCCAGCCUACCUUCAUAAUACCCCAUCUCUAGUCGUGCGUCCACCUCCUCCACUUUCAAUCCAACCCUUAGCAACCAUCUACCCUGUCAACUCAGACGCAUCUAGUCAACCACCACAUUCGCCCAUCGUCAUAUCCUCCUCUAAGACGCCUCAUACCCUAGUGGGCACCCCUCUAUUCACUCCAUACCCCCCCUCUGACAGUCCUGCGUCAGAGCGUAACCCUGAAGAGUUGGCUGAAUUGGCUCGACUGGACGAGCAGGAAGUAUUUGGAGCUAUUUUGGGGAGCCUCAAUCAAGGCCAAGAGGAAAAUCAAGUGAUGCAUUCCGACCCACCUAACGCAUCACUCGAGUUGGACGAAGCGGAGCAAUACGCUAUGAUGCUAGAGGCAGAAUUAGAAAAAGAAGAUAGAGAAGAAGAUAGAGAAGAAGAAAAUGGGAGAAUUGGCCCAAACGCAUCUCAAUCACGCCAAACCGACGUGAAUGAAGGGCCUUUAAAAUAA